GGCACCUCUUGGCGCUAGUGUCCUCUCUGGCGGAUGGCCUCUUCCCCCUGCUCUCUCACUAGUGGCUCCUCCUUUUGCCAACAGUGCCCUCUUCUCUCACUGAGGGUUCCGUGAAUCUUUGGAUAAAGAGCGGCAGCGAGAAGCAGCCUCCGCCACCAUGGCUUCAUUCACUUACGGGGAUAGACAGCAGUAUCUGCAGCUGUUGAACAGUGAAGCAGGUGCUGGUGAAGAGAGGAUGCUUGCACCGCAGUACAAAAGGACUCCAUUGACCCAUGUGCGAUACUCCAGCUCCCCACCAACGUGCAAUAUUCCAUUCAGUUUUGAACCAGUGGAACCCUUGGAUUUUGAGGCACAAGUACUGAACCAGUUGGCAAAUCCUGAGUUGGAAUCACUUCAGCAUCUGGUGGACUUCCCAAAGGAUGAUGUUGAAGUCACACUAUCUUCUCGAGAGUAUCGGACGGUUACUCCCGCUGAGCCAGACAGAUGGGAUAACCUGACUCCACAGGUGAGAUCGUGUGUGGAGACCUACACCAAGAACUGGCUGACAGUUACCAGGAGGUAUCAGAAGUACAACAGGGAGAGUCGGAGGAAAGGGCUGAACCUUCCUCAUCAGGUCUUUGAAUGCGAUGAGAGCUUUAAUUUGGAAAUGCAAGGUCUCCAGAGCUCAAUUGGAUCCCAAGCAGGUGAGCUACAGACCGAGGCUCCAGUGCUCUUCAUUCAGCAACUGCUGCAGUCCACUGCAAUGGAGGAUGUUGACCUGAGGAAUAAAGAAAUACGUAAAUCUGGCAGGCUGAUCGACAUGUGUACACUCUACCCCCCGCCUGAUGAGGAGGAAGCUGGAUACAGGCGAGUCAUUCCGCAGCCACCAUGUGGUCAAUUGGAGCAGAGGCUGCAAUUUCAUUUUCUGGAGUUAAAAUUUGAAAUCGAAAUUGAACCGCUCUUUGUGACUUUAGCUUUGUAUGAUUUAAAGGAAAGGAAAAAGAUUUCAGAAAACCUUCACUUGGAUCUCAAUUCUGAAGAAUUUCGAGAAAUUAUCCAGACACACAAUGAAGAUCCAUCUUACUUCAAAAAGGCCAUCUUCUCAAUCACUCAGCCCUCUUCUGAAAUCUACCUGGUCAUCAAGGUGGAGAAGGUCCUUCAGCAGGGCAGCAUUGCUGAGUGUGCUGAGCCAUACAUGACCAUUAAAGAGUGUGAAACAGCCAAGAGUAAAGAAAAAAUUGGAAAGCUUCGGUUCCAGGCAGCUUCUUUCUGCCAACGCCUGAAGUCCUAUCGGAUGCCUUUUGCCUGGGCGGCUGUCGAUCUCAUGAGCCUGAUUUCCACUAGUGGAUCCCAGAAUUCACUGGACAGGGAAGCCAACAUUGGAGGCAGUGGGACUGAGGUGCGUUCACAUUCACUGGACAGCAAGUGCAACAUCCCCUUAUUACGACCCAUUCAGUAUAAUCUCCACGUGUUCAAUAAACAGGAGGAAGAUAAACUAAGUGAUGAAGACCUGAUGAAGUUUAUCGCAGAUGAGAAAAAAACAUCUACUUUACUGAGGCGACAACGGAGGAUUCCAGGAAUUUUUCGAUUCAAUGUGUCCCACGUUAAUGAAGCACCGGCCUUCUGUUUCAACCCUGACUUUUUGGAAGUAAGGGCAUCCAACAGGGAGAACAGAGAUCUAACUUUGGAAAUUUUAGAAUUCCCUGUGUCAGGGUUUUCCAUUCCACAUACAACGUAUAGAAAUCUCCUCUACGUCUACCCUCAGUUCCUCAAUCUCUCGAACCGACAGGGAUCAGCGCGAAACAUCACUGUGAAAAUCCAGUUCCUGGAGACUGAGAAGCCCGGCAGAGGCCUACCGGUCAUUUUUGGAAAGUCUGGAUACCCUGAAUACACGACUGAAUCCUAUACCCCCGUGGCCUAUCACAGCAAGUCUCCUUUCUUCUAUGAGGAAGUGAAGAUGAAGCUGCCUUCUAACCUCAAUGAGAAGCAUCAUCUGCUCUUCACCUUUUAUCACGUUAACUGUCAGCCCAAGCAGAGCCAGGACACACCAGAAGUUCCAGUGGGUUACAGUUGGUUACCAAUCCUGGACAAUGGACAUCUGCGCUCUGGAUCUUUCGAGCUUCCUGUUUGUUUGGAGAAGCCUCCAUCCCAGUAUUCAGUAACCUCUACCUCGCUGGCUGGGGUGAAGUGGUUGGAUAAUCGGAAAACAGUCUUUAAGUUGGAGCUACGCCCAGUUUCGACAAUAUAUCCUCAGGACAAAAACUUGGAGCGAUUCUUCUCACUGUGUGAAAAUGUGGGUGAACACCAUUCUGUACCCCAGCAGACAGAGGCUCUGAGACAGGCUGUUUCUGCGAUCAGCCAGGUUCAAUUGGAGGAACUUGUCCGGUUCUUGUAUGUGGUGUUAGACAAACUGCUGCCACUGUUGAUCUUGAGCUCCAGGAUGGCAACAGAAGGAGCUCUAGUCAGCAAAGAAAUCUUUGAAAUGCUGAUUGAAAUUGUGGACCGGCUCCAUAAUAGUGAGGAGAUGACGAAAGAUUCAUUGGGGCGAAACCAAUCACUGGCUACAUACGUCCACUACUUGUUCAGUGUACCAGUUCUCCAUGAGGCCGGAGUCACGGAGUCUGAGAAAUACGCCACCAUCACACCAGAGGGUGCAACUGCAUUGCACAAGAUGCGUCUGCUUAGCACAAGUGAUCCCGAGGUGCAGACAUCAAAACCCACUGUGCCCACAGGAGCAGGCAGUAGUCUGAAGCAGUCAAAGCUAUUCCAUGAGGAAUUGGCCUAUCAUAUCAUGUUCACCAAUGGAAAAAGGAGGGAUCAAGUGUACAAGCAUCUGUGGUUCUUCUGCGAGCUUUUGAUUAAAAGUAUGAGUCAGUACCUCUCUGACACAGACCGCUGGAGCUCUCCUCCCAGCCUGCGGUUCUCGGAAUAUUUCCCAGGCAUCAUUUACACCAUGGUCAACAUUGCUACAGAGUUUGUGAAACAUCAGGAUCCUGAUAUCACAGAUAUGACGAACCUGAACCUUGGGUUUUUCCUGAAUGACCUGCUGUCCCUCAUGGACCGAGGCUUUGUUCUUCGUAUGAUCGGUCAUCACCACAAAGAGCUUUCAGACAAAGAUGGCAAACGGCCACAUCUCCCUGACAGACGCAUUGACUUCCUGAGGAUAGUUUGCAGCCAUGAGCAUUUUGUCAUCCUAAACCUCCCACUUACAGCAAGUGUUGGGACACAAGACGGCAACGAUCACUUGGAGAACAUCAGCACACAUGAGUCAACUGUUGGAAUAUUCAAACUUUCCAGAAAAUUCCGUCAACAGCACUUUUUAAUUGGGCUCCUCCUGGAAGAGAUAACCAACGUACUCUCAACUGACUCAGAGAGCAGAUUGAUCAGAAGAGAAGCAGUGAGCUUGCUUCAUUACCUCCUGGCAUCACACGAUGGGGAUCAAAGAUUCUGGAACAUCAGGAUGAAGGUGAAAGUGGCAGCCUUGUACUUACCCCUGCUGGACAUUAUCCUGAACAGUCUCCCCCAACUGCAGAACAUGGCAGAUUCUGAUAACUCAAGGAGUAAAUUGCCUAAACUUUAUUCAAAUCCCAGGAAUGCCACCAGCGUCAUAAUAACAUCACCAGUUGUGUCAGCCUCAACGAACAGACACUCAUCCCCCAUUACAGGGCUCUCAGGUUCAAGUUACACCAUGUCAGCAGAAGUGACCCAGACCCUCCUGUUCUGCUUUCUGUGGGUUCUGAAGAACGCUGAUGAAACAGCCCUUAAAGAAUGGAUCCUCGGACUUCCAGCCCAGCAGCUGAUCGGCCUUCUGGAACUCCUCGACCUUUGUGUGUCCACCUUCGAGUAUGAGGGCCAGCCAUCCACAGAACAGAUCAGCAGCUUUAUUUAUAGGAAGUCAAGAGACAUGAAGUUGCGGCUAGAGGAGACCAUCUUUGGAACCACAGGUGCCCGAAGGGAGAUGAUGAAACGCCGGGAGUAUCCAGGAAUUGACAGGUUGUUCCCUGGGAUGAAUGUGGGCCUUCAGGAGAAGUUACGCUGGAGGAAAGACCUGACACAGUGGCGCCAAUCUAUCGGCAAAGACAAGUUGAAGUUGGAACUGGAGCAUGAAGCCUUGAUCAAUGGAAACCUGACCAUGGAGACCAACCUGAUUGUGUUGGAUACUCUGGAGCUGAUGAUCCAGUUGACCAGCCCAAUGCCUGAGUUUAGGUCUGUGGUCACAGGGGUCCUGAAGGUCUUGAUUCACAGCCUGUCCUGCAACCAGAGCACUCAGUACCUAAAAAACUGCUUCAACACCCAGCGAGCCAUCAUUGCCAAGUUUCCAGAAGUGCUGUUUGAGGAAGACUCGGAGCAUUCCAUGGAGCUGUGCUUGCUGCUGCUGCAAAGAUGCACAAGUCACUUUGAGACCACACGGGUCCAGGCCUCAGUCUCCGUCUACCUGCUCAUGAGGCAGAGCUACAAAGCACAUUUUCCAAAAGCAAAAAUGUACAUCACCCUAACCCUGGCAUCCUUGGCGGAGAAACUAUCCAACCAAGACAAACAAUGUCUCCAGACAUCCCUCGGUAUGAUCCAAACUUACCUGGAAGCAGACAGAGCCAUGAAGGGAACCAGCUUCCCUGGGCAGGUGGAAGAGCUUUUACAGAAUUUGAAUGGGGUAUUGUGUGACACAGUGAAGCUGCAGGAAUUCCCCCAGGAUACAGACAUGCAGAUCGACCUCAUGUACAGAAUUGCGAAGGGUUUGCAGAGUUACGUGGACCUUCGCCUGAUGUGGCUGCGGAACAUCAUGACGAAGCACAUUGAGAGGAAGUGCUUUGCCGAGGCGGCCCACUGCUUGGUGCACAGCGCUGCCCUGGUGGCUGAAUAUUUGAACCGUGUUGACGGAUCUGUCCAUCUGCCCAUGGGCAGUGUGAAUUUCCAGAAAAUUUCCAUCAAUGUCCUGGAGGAAUCUUUGGUGUCUGAAGAGAUCUUUUCCAUGGAGAGGGAGGGUAUUUGGACAGGAAACUUGCUCAGUGAAGAGGGUCUCUUGGAGUUGUUGGAUGAGGCAGCUGAACUCUUCAACAAGGCAGAAUUUUAUGAAACGGUUUAUGAAAUUUACAAGCUGAUUAUUCCAAUCGCUGAAUUUCAUCGGAAUAUUAGAAAACUAUCUGUUAUUCACGGAAUCCUGAAGGAAACAUUUGAGCUGAUCCUGUGUGAGGAUAAUAGGAGAAUGUUUGGGACAUAUUUCCGUGUUGGAUUCUACGGGUCGCUGUUUGGUGAGCUGGAUGAGCAGGAAUAUGUCUACAAGGAACCAGCGAUCACUAAACUGGUGGAGAUCUCCUCAAGGUUAGAGGAAUUUUACAAACGGAUGUUUGGAAAAGAUCAUGUGGAGAUGAUCAAGGAUUCUUCACCAGUUAAGAAGGAAAGCCUGGAUCCCAAUAAGGCCUACAUCCAGGUGACCUACGUUGAGCCCUACUUUGAAGAGUAUGAGCUGAAAAAUCGAGUCAGCCACUACGAGAGGAAUUCCAACUUGAGGCGGUUCAUCUACAGCACCCCAUACACACUGAAUGGUCGGGCCCACGGGGAGCUUAGCCAGCAGUAUAAGCGUAAAACCAUCCUAACAACCUUACACGCUUUCCCUUACAUCAAGACCAGGAUCAAUGUCAUAGAGAAACAGGAGAUUAGCCUGAGACCAAUUGAAGCUGUGAUUGAGGACAUGCAGAAGAAGACUCACGAGCUGGCAAAGGCAACGAGUGAACACCCACCCAACCUGAAGCUGCUGCAGAUGGUGCUGCAGGGGUCUGUGGGGCCCACUGUCAAUCAGGGUCCUUUAGAAGUUGCUCAGGUUUUUUUGUCUGAAAUUCCUGACGACCCUAAACUUUUCAGACACCACAACAAACUCCGCAUCUGCUUCAAGGACUUUCUGAAACGAUGCGAAGAUGCUUUAAUUAAAAAUAAGGGCCUGAUCUCGUCUGAGCGAGUGGAGUACCAGUGUGAACUUGAGAAGAACUACGAAGCUCUCAAACACAACCUGCAACCAUUCAUUAACCGAAGGAUCCCUUACCUUUAUGUCACACCUUGCCACUAGGAAUCUCAAAUGGUCUGAAACAUACGGGGAAAAUGUGGCAAGAACUCUGUACUUGGGACUAGUGGAGUUGUAGAGUCAUACAGUUGCACGGCACAGAACAGGCCCUUCAGCCCACCAUGUCCAUGCUGACCACUCUACUUAUCUAUGCAUUUACCUGUAUUUUGCCCAUAGCCUUCUAUGCCUUGGCAAUUCCAGUGCUAGCUGAAUGCUUCAUAAACGUGAGAGUACCUGCUCCACCACUUACAGAGACAAUGUGUUCCAGAUCUCAGCCACUCCGUGUGAAUAGGCUUCCCUUCAGAUCCCCUCUAAAGCUCCUACCUCUCACCUUGUACCUAGGCUGUGGUUUUUUAGACACUGUUAGAACAAUGUAAUUAAGAUGUGAAUAGUUAUCUAAUAUAAGAUUAGAAGUGUAUUUCUAUCAAUUUUGGAAAGCAGUUACUGUUACAAAUCACUUUGUAAUGAUUUACUUUUUGCUUUCUAGUUUUCUUCUCAUUCUUUGCCUCUCCUUGGUGUUGGCUACACUCCCAGGAUGAGAGGUAACAUUUACAUGCAGCCUUUAAUGUUGGACGGUGGCCCUGUGACACUUCAGGGUGACAGGUGGACAAUUGACAGUGGGCCAGGACAGGAGAUCUUGGUGUUGGAAAUGAGUGCUGAAGAUUUCUAGGACAGAAAACCGCAUUUUCUGUUUUUAGUCCAAUAACACACAAACACUCAGGGACAGAGACAGAAAUUUCUUUCCACUGAGAAAAUUAAACAGAACAUUUAUAUUCCCAUACAAAAGCUCCAACCAGGCAGGGCUCUCUCACUCUCCCUUGUCCGCACACACCAAACACAAAGGCGCAUUCACACAAACACAAACAUGCGCGCACACCCGCAUUCACACAAACACAAACAAAAUAACUGUGCACGAGGCUGCAGGAGAACGUUUCAGCUAUUGGCUGAAUAAUUGUAUCCUGGAAGAUCAAACACACAUGAUAAGCUCAGAUUGUGAGAGCUACCUGCUGCUGCAACAAAUGCACAAGUUUAGGCUGAAACCCUGCUGGCAAACCCAUUCUUAAUUGCUUAUCCCUCCUUUACUUCUUUUAUUAUUGCAGAAACUCUAUUUAUCCAGCGAGACCUCCAUUUUAUCAAUCUGUCUACCUGUGGAAUGGAACUAUUAGUCCUUAAGAAAUUGUCUCAGCCCAUAAAGCACUGACCAUACAAUAGGUUUUCUUAAAUUACUGUACAGGAUAUCAAUAAUUGUGGGCAGUGCUUUGUAUUUUGGAGAAUAUUAUGACUCAUUGAUCCAGAAAAUAUGUGCUUGCUCUACAUGCUAUUAGGAUAACCUGGAGUUGGGGUAUUAACCCAACAUCCCACAAACAUUGUUUGAAGAAAGUAAUGCAAAAUGACAGAACUUACAGUUUCUCAACAUCAAAGUGAAAGAAAAUUGAUAUGCAAUGUGGUACAUUGUGAAAGCACAGAAGGAGAAAAGUUAGUCUGCAGAUCAUUCCAAAAAAAAUAUGCUGGUUGUAGCAGGACAUCCAACUGUAAGUGAGGAACUGUAGCCCAGAGAGAGUUCUGUGGAAUUAUACCUCAGAGGGAGUCAAGAUGGGGAAGCUGUAGCCCAGAAAUAGUGCUAGGGAACUGUAGCCCAGGGGAAGUGCAUUCUGGACACAGUCAGCACUGCGGAACUGUGCCCCAGAGAGAAUCAGAACUGGGGACCAGUAGUCAGGAGAUAAUUGACAUUAGGUUGUGUACCCCCCCGAGAGAGUUCUGGCCAUCAGAGAAGGGGAGACAAAAAGAGAUGAAACCUGUGUUGGAAGCUGAUCAAAAUUCCACUCUGGGCAGCAGCUCCACUUUACACAGAUCAGUAAUAGCAUCAAAACCAAGGGCAACUGCAACCACUGGUGCCUGUCUCGUUCACAAUAUUAUCUUUCAGGUUUCCCAGUUUUCCCAUCACUGCUGCUGUGUGUUGGAUAACCUGAAUGUUCAGGACAGUUCUGGCUUAUUGGUUUCUACUGGUAAAAGCUGAAAUUCCUGAUAUAAUAGUUUAUUCUGUUAUUUGAUAGCCUCUGUAAUGGCUGUGUAUCACCAAAGAUCUGGUAAAAGAUGUGCAUUUUAAUUAACAUUGUUAUUUAUCUUAAGAAUUGAAAACAUAUGUAUGAAUCAAAUCUGCAUUUUUAAGUCACAGCAGUAAAAAUAAUUCUUGCCUGGA